AUGUCGGCGUCGACGACUCACCAAUCCUCCCCGUCAUGUCCCUCCAGCUUGGUCACCGCCACCCUCCAACUACACUACCUGGCUGAAGGGGCCGCCAACAUCAUCUACAGCGUCUCGGUGCUGUCACCGCCGUCCCUCCAACAUCACUCGCACUGCUGCGUCAUGCGUCUGCGCAAAGACCUGCCCUUCACGACACCGGCGGGGCAAGUCGUGUCGGACUUUCAGAGCCGCAUCGCACCCCUCUUCACCAAGAAGCACAAAUCAUUGCUGAUGGAGCAGGCGCUGUACAAGUUCACGCCAGAGAUGGUGAGCGAGGCGAACGCGGAAUUGAGGCAGAUGGACACCGUGGAUGAAUCGGCCGUCUCGGCGCAAGGAGACGUCAAUGCCCGAAAGAUCCGCCCCCGCCACAGACGCCACGUCUAUCUGCCCUCGUACGACAACGAGCAGCAUGGCAUUCUCAUGCAGAACUUGCAGGGCCCCGGGAUUGACUGGCUGGUCGAGUUCAAGCCGAAGUGGCUGGUGCAGAGUCCCAGUGCGCCGAGAGACGCCAGAAAUUGCCGGACGUGCGCGUUGAAUGCGAAGCGGAGAAAAGCCGGAGCGCACCAGGGGAGAGGAGAUUCGGGAUUCUGUCCGUUGGACCUGCUAGCAGACCAAGACGCCGUGUUGGAGCGGACGCUGGCCAACAUCUGGCCGCUGGAGGACGGGGUUGACACAUUCGUGGCUGCUUUUCGAGCACAGGUCCAGCCUGCGUUGAGACAUCUCCAGAGCCUUCAGGAGGAGCAUGGGUCGGUGGGAUUGGACGACUAUCUCAAUCCAGAUGGCAAGGACUUUGGCGUGGCCAUGGCGUUGAGGGAUUGCAGCGUCUUCCUGGCUCUAAAACGAAGAACCGACCCCGUCGCUGGAGACGUCGACAUUGUAGACGUCAAGCUCGCCGACUUGGAUCUGAAGACGACCGAGGGAGGAAAGGUCCAGAAAUGGGCAGCCACGGAGCAGGAGCUGCUCGAGGGCGGGUGGUAUCAGAAUCUCGACGGGUCGAAUUGUCGGAUAAGCCGUCAGCAGCCCUCAUAG